UGUGUGUGUGUGUGUUUCAACACUCCCGAGUCUGAACUUAUUGAGCCCAUCUGCUCGUGGUUUGAAAAAAUGUGCCAGGCUUGCAGCAUCCCGCGGACGUCAUGGCAACCUGUAGGGAGGCAGCAGGGGCGGUCCUGACUCUGUGUGCGUGCACGUGCGUGUGCGUGCACGUAUGCGUGUGUGUAAGUGUGUAAGUGUGUGUGCUCUCUGAUAUUUUUGUUGAAGUGUGUGUGCUAGUGGCUGAGCAGGACGAUCAUAAGGGGGGUGAGCAGUGCAGCAGCAACAGCAACACAGCGGCGGCGGCGGCGGCGGCGGCAUCCGAGGCGGGCGGGAGGCUGGUGGGAUGAUGCGUCUGUGCUGCCGAUUAGGCUGAUCAGAGCCGGAGCAACGAUGCAGUGACAGUCUACAGGAAGACACGGGCGCACACACACACACACACUCACACACUCACACACAACACACACACACACCACACACAUAGAGUGAGAGGGAGGGAGAGUGAACACACGAUUGCGCACGAGAAAUGAUCCGGUCUUAGACUAUGGCACCGUCGGGCUCGCGUAGUAUCAAGAAGGGCUGUCAGAGAGUUUUGUACUGGAUCCCGGUCCUCUUCAUCGCCCUCAUAGUGGCUUGGUCAUACUACGCCUAUGUUUUGCAGCUUUGCAUAGAGUCCGUCGAAGACACGGGUCAAAAGGUUGUAUACUUGCUGGUGUACCAUGUCAUUUUCAUCAUGUUUGUGUGGGCGUACUGGCAAACCAUCUUCACCAAGCCCAUGAACCCCCUGAAGGAGUUUCACCUGUCCUACUCUGACAAAGAGCUGCUGGAGCGUGAAGAUCGGGGAGAGUCUCAGCAGGAGAUCCUGAGGAGGAUAGCCAAGGACCUGCCCAUCUACACCCGAACCAACUCUGGAGCAAUCCGUUUCUGUGAUCGCUGCCAGCUGCUGAAGCCUGAUCGAUGUCACCAUUGUUCAGUCUGCGAUAAAUGCAUCCUGAAGAUGGAUCACCACUGCCCGUGGGUGAACAACUGUGUGGGAUUCUCCAACUACAAGUUUUUCAUGCUGUUCUUGGCAUAUUCGCUACUCUACUGCCUUUUUAUAACUGCUACAGAUCUUCAAUACUUCAUUAAAUUUUGGACGAACGGACUUCCAGACACGCAGGCCAAGUUCCACAUCCUGUUCCUCUUCUUCUCGGCUUCCAUGUUUUCAGUCAGCCUAGCUUCACUUUUCAUUUAUCACUGCUGGCUUGUCUGCAAGAACAGAUCCACUCUGGAGGCCGUGCGUUCUCCAGUGUUUCGCCACGGCACAGAUAAGAACGGCUUCAGUCUGGGCUUCAGUAAGAACUUCCGCCAGGUCUUUGGUGACGAAGCCAAAUACUGGCCUAUUCCUGUUUUCUCCAGUUUAGGGGACGGUUGCUCGUUUCCAACCUGUCUGGUGAAUGUGGACCCUGAGCAGCCGUCAUCGCCCACCGGCUCCAACCCUGCCAACAAGGGUGCAGCAGAGGGGCGACAGUUCCCCUCCAAGCCGCUGAGGGAGUCUCAGAGCCGGCUGCUCAUCAGCACCCCUUCCUGGUCAGAGAGUGACAGUGCAACAGACAAAGACAAGAAGGGUGCCAGUAACCCGGGGAUGACCAUAGAAAAUGAGGCCUAACCAAAGUUAGAGAUAGAGGUGACGCCUUCAACCCAGAAAAGUCUGUGCUGCCCCCUCCUCUGUGUUUGUGCCUAUCAGAACGUGACGUGGCGGUGACAUCAUCCGUAUUUGUUGUUUCCCAUACUGCACCCUGCUUUCCGAGAGGUUUACAUGACUGAUGCGAACCACGGGAAAAAAAAAGACAAAAGUAUCAACAUCUAUCACCAUCAGUUAUUACUGUUACUGUUACGGGGGGCAACAAUUUCUUCUGCUAUCUGGAAGCAUUUUGGAACAAGUGGACUGAAACUGAAUUGAAAAAGUGCAUUCCAGCUAUCAUCCUUCCUUUUUGUUUGUGUAUGAAGAAGCACAGCAGCGAUGAUGGAAGAUGUUUUUCUUUUUUCCACUUUGUACAUUAGAUUAGCUGCUUUUGUAUGUCACAGUAGACACGUUCAUUUGUUUUACUCUCAUAGCUUAGCACAUGAAGUGAAGCUGUUAUAAGUUUGCCAAAUGUUUGCACAUUAAGUAGAGAUUAGUCGUGAUGUUAAUGUGAUGUAACUGAUAUUAAUUUAGCCAUUUUUUUCUCCCUGUGAAGUCACUUCUUCUUUUUUUAAAUUUUUUUGGAGGAGGGGUGAAAGUUUUCCACCCACCAUGUUGAGUGUUGUGGAAGUUCAAAACGAUGCAUGCUCUCAUCUCAGGAUGUCAACACAAACCUUGUUGUAGUGAACUGUACCACAAGAUGUUCUCCCCUUUGCUUGAAACAAACAAACAAACAAACAAAAAAAGAAAGAAAAAAGAAACCAGCGUAUUGAUUAGUAAUCCGAAUAAGGGCUCUUUUGACUCGUUAUAGCAUGAGUGGGGAUGCUGCUGUCACACCUGAGAGCUGGUGCUGCGACAGCGUGCGUCCCCUCCCUCUGCCAAAUAUCUAAACUGCUGUCUGGUAGCCUACAGUACAUGUCAAACUGCCGGCCC